UUGCUUUCAAACAGAACAAAUAUUGAAAAUAUCAAUCAUUUAAACAAUCCUCUCUCUCACCAAUUCUCUCUCUCUCUCUCUCUCUCUCUCUCUCUCUUUCCACAACCCAAAAAAAAAAAUCAAAUCCCUAAACCCUAACUCAAAACAAACUACACACAAACCUUUUCCCUUUUUGAGCUAUGACCUUUGAAGACUCCUUAAGAUCUCUUUCUCUUGAUUACCUUAACCUUCUCAUCAAUGGCCAAGCCUUUAGUGAUGUCACCUUUAGCGUCGAGGGUCGUCUCGUCCACGCCCACCGUUGUAUCCUUGCUGCACGUAGUCUUUUCUUUCGCAAGUUCUUUUGUGGCUCCUCCUCCGACUCCAACUCCUCUCCUGGGUCGGCUUUCGAUUCUCGUUCCCCUUCGGGAUCGAAUUCCCGUGGCAGCAGUGGAGCUACCGCACCAUCGCUUCCACCGCAAGGAGUUAUCCCGGUGAAUAGCGUAGGAUACGAGGUGUUUCUACUCUUGCUCCAGUUUUUAUAUAGUGGCCAAGUUUCGAUUCUGCCGCAAAAACAUGAGCCUCGGCCGAAUUGUGGCGAAAGAGGGUGUUGGCAUACACAUUGCUCCUCAGCCGUCGAUCUCGCUCUCGAAACUCUUGCUGCCGCUAGAUCUUUUGGGGUUGAACAGCUCGCAUUGCUUACUCAGAAGCAAUUGGUAAGCAUGGUAGAGAAAGCUUCAAUUGAAGAUGUAAUGAAAGUUCUAAUUGCUUCAAGAAAACAAGACAUGCAUCAGCUAUGGACUACUUGUUCCCAUUUGGUGGCUAAAUCUGGCCUUCCAACAGAAGUUCUAGCAAAACAUAUUCCCCUUGACGUAGUCGCCAAAAUUGAGGAGCUUCGCCUCAAAUCCUCCCUCGCCCGUCGAUCAUCGUUAAUGCCUCAUCACCACCACCAUCACCACCACCUCCAGCUCAGUACUGCAGCCGACCUAGAGGAGCAAAAGAUUCGUCGAAUGCGAAGAGCAUUGGACUCCUCCGAUGUCGAACUCGUCAAGCUAAUGGUCAUGGGCGAGGGCCUAAAUCUGGACGAAGCAUUGGCAUUACAUUAUGCCGUUGAGAAUUGCACCCGAGAAGUUGUCAAAGCCCUACUCGAACUUGGAGCUGCAGAUGUCAACUACCCCGCCGGGCCAGCCGGGAAAACACCUUUGCACAUCGCAUCCGAGAUGGUCUCGGCGGAUAUGGUAGCCGUCCUACUCGACCACCACGCCGAUCCAACCAUCCGAACAGUCGAUGGGGUGACACCGCUCGACAUUCUAAGAACCCUAACUUCAGAUUUCCUAUUCAAAGGAGCAGUGCCAGGGAUGACACACAUAGAACCAAACAAGUUGAGGCUUUGUUUGGAGUUGGUUCAAUCAGCAGCACUUGUAAUAUCAAGAGAGCAAGGGAAUAACAACAACAAUAAUGGAAAUAAUAAUCCAUCGUCUUCAAAUCCAAUUUAUCCACCAAUGAGUGAAGAUCACAGUAGCAGCAGCAAUGGAAGCAAUUUGAAUCUUGACACAAGAUUGGUUUAUCUUAAUCUUGGAGCUAAUUCUGGUUCAGCUCAAAUGGGAGCUGAUGGAGCUGAUCAUAGACAUGGAGGAAAUGACCCAACAAUGUAUCAUCAUUCCCAUGAUUUCUAAACUCUAUCUCACUACUUCAAAUUUUUAUUAUAUAUAUCUUUCUUUCUAUUUACCAAAAUAUAUAUCAUCAAUAUAUAUUUAUAUAUGUGCCGAUC